AUGGAUGGACGACCUCGAUCUACGACUUCAUCAACGAAAUCCGAAAGUAUUACUGGAGAGGACCACGCUCACGACAUCGAGGCGCUGUCAGUCAUUCCGUCCAAUUCACCGCCAUAUUCCGUAUUCAGCACAAGGAAGAAACAAUUCAUUGUAUUUCUCGCAGCAUGGGGCGGGUUUUUCUCACCGUUGUCGGCCAACAUCUACUUCCCAGCGCUGACGACAUUAACUCACGAAUAUAAUGUUUCAAGCACUUUGAUGAAUCUUACCUUGACUUCUUACAUGAUCUUUCAAGGUCUAGCACCCACGUUCUUUGGGGAUCUUGCUGAUAUGGCAGGAAGAAGACCUGCGUAUGCUAUUGGCUUUCUUCUUUACAUAGGAGCGAACAUUGGCCUUGCCUUGCAGAAUUCGUAUGCUGCACUCUUCAUUCUCCGAUGCCUGCAAAGCAGUGGUAGUAGUGCAACAAUCGCACUUGGCAAUGGCAUCGUAGCAGACGUUGCGACGAGCUCUGAAAGAGGCACAUGGAUGGGCUAUGUCACCAGUGGACCUAUGGUGGCACCGGCACUAGCCCCAGUCAUUGGAGGCCUACUCGCAGAAUAUCUGGGUUGGCGUGCGAUAUUCUGGUUCCUUGUAAUCAUGACAGCAGUGUACCUGAUCGUGUUCUUUAUCGCCUUUCCCGAAACAGCUCGAAAUGUUGUUGGUAAUGGUUCCAUACCUCCACAAGGAUGGAACAUGUCGUUGCUCGACUACCUAAAACACCGAAAGUCCUCGGGGCAAGAACAAGACGCACAAGUAGAGCUGGCAAGUAAGCGGAAAUUGAGGUUUCCAAACCCGCUAGGCACUCUCCGUGUGAUCAAACAGAAGGACGCCGGGCUCUUGUUAUUCUACAACAGCCUGGUGUAUACUGCCUUCUACGAUGUCAUUGCGUCAGCGCCCUAUCUGUUUGCAGAAAUAUACGGAUUCAACGACCUUCAAAUCGGACUUGCAUUCAUCCCAUUCGGCGUCGGAGCCCUCUGCGCACCCAUGCUUGCAGGCCGUUUGAUGGACUGGAACUAUAGACGAGUAGCAAAGAAAGAGAACUUCACAAUCGAUCGCAAGCGAGGGGAUAACCUUCAGAACUUCCCUCUGGAGCGUGCACGACUGCAUGUCGCCGUGCCUAUGCUGGCACUUGGAACGGCAGCCUUGCUCUGCUACGGUUGGAUCUUGGAGGUGGAGACCUCGCUCGCAGCACCAUUGGUAAUGCACUUCCUGAUGGGCUUGUGUCUCACAGGGGCGUUCAACUGUAUGAGCGUGAUGCUGAUCGACUACUACCCAAUGUCUCCAAGCACAGCGACUGCAGCCAACAACCUUGUUAGAUGCUUCGUUGGUGCUGGUGGCACGGGCAUCAUCAAUAUCAUGAUUGAUGCCAUGGGCAGGGGAUGGUGCUUCACCUUCAUCGCAGCUGUCGUCACAGCUAUGAGUCCCAUCCUAUGGGCGCUACUAAAAUGGGGUCCCAAAUGGAGAGAAGAGCGAAGGAUACAAAUGGAGGAGCAAAAGGAGCGAAAUGGAUGA